UUUUUUUUUAACAACGGUGAACACAGAGCUCAGAAUCCUUCAGUUGGAGCUGCGUGAAAGCGGAUGACCAGAGAAGCCACGGGGUAAAAUGAGCCUUCGGACUCCGUCCAGACAAGAUUUGACCGGUAAUGCUUGAAGUAAAUUCAGCUAUCUCACAGAGAUGAGCUCUAUGGACGAAAUGGGGCUCCACUUGGCGGCUCACUUUCCGAAAGGCCUGUGAGUGUCUGCGAGUCACCCACCCGUCUCUUCGGAGGACUCCCCCCGCCUGCAGGUCCCCACUACUGCCAGGCAAUGACAGCGGCCUCCGCUACCGCGCAGCAGAUGAGAGACCGGCUGCUGCAAGCUAUUGAUGGCCAAAGCAAUAUUUGCAAUAUGAUCGCUGUUAUGGAAGUGAUUACACAUUUGGAGAGAUACCCCAUCACCAAAGAAGCUCUUGAGGAAACUCGUCUCGGAAAAUUAAUAAAUGAUGUCAGAAAGAAGACGAACGAUGAGGACCUUGCGAAGCGGGCGAAGAAGCUGUUACGGACUUGGCAGAAACUUAUCGAGCCGGGUCAAACGGAGCCCCCACCCACCAAGGAGAACACGGGAACCAACGGAGGUGCCUUCUCCAACUCGCCCCAAGCCGCCGUCACUUCGGUCUCAGGGAAAACUGGCCCCGAGCUGAAAAUUCGAAAUGAUUUUCUCAACUGUAACCAUUCGAAGGUGGUGGAGGGGUCAGGCCACCGAAAGCGCAAAGGGGGACAAAGAGACACACAGCACUUGCCAGCCAAAAUCUCCAAACUGUCGUCAUCAGGUUUUGAACAUCACUCAGUUUCCUCCACGCCGCCUCCAACUAACGGCGUUGCAGGAAGUCCUGAGGCUCUUUCUUUGAACACAUUCGACAAUUCGCACUCUCAGUCAGACAAAGACUCUACUACAGACAACCAGGAGCAUGACAGAACUAGCAAAGUCCCCAUCAUCGCCGUCAAACCCCACCCCAGUUCCCCCGUCGUUGCAAAGCCGCCCAGCGCCUCGCUACUCCUCAAGACGGCUGUGUUACAGCAGCAGGUGAGGAGAGACAGCGCCGCCGCAGCCGCCGGUGGGGUGCAGCAGCCCCCCAAGAGCCCCUGCUCCUCUGCGGUCAACCCCAAGUCCAACGCAGCUGAAGCGCUGGGAAGAUGGCCUCCCCCCUCAGGAGCACGGGUGUCGACCGUGUCAACCCCCCCUCUCAGCCCCACUGUACCCACCGACAGCUUUGGCUCCUUGCAUUCGCCGAGCUCUGCGCUCCGUGGGGUGCACGUCACGGAGGCAAGGCACUCGAGCGACUCGGGCCACGGCUGGAAGGCGGACGGCGUGUCUGUGCAGGGCGACGGGCGGCUGGGCUCUUCUCAUCGGGACGGCGGGGCGAUGGACGUGUCGGACGGGGGAGGGAGCGGGUCGGCACCGACGGAGGUGGUGAGCAAGGCGGAGAGCGACACGUCCACUCGCACCACCGAGAAGAAGAAGAAAAAGAAGUACCGGCCCCGAGACCAGGCGGUCAACCUGACGGGCACGCAGCCGGAGGACAGCAAGAAGCCGGCCAAGUUAAAAGACCGUAAGCUGACCUUCGACCCCGUCACGGGGCAGAUCAAACCCUUAGUGCAGAAGGAGGCGCAGCCCAAAGAGGAGAUGCCUGCUCUGCCCGAUGCCCAUUGGAGGGCGGACGGGCACAGCGACGCACCUCCUCCCACCCCUACCCCUACCCCCCCUCCUCCUCCUCCUCCUCCCCAGCCCAACCCCCUUCAGCAGACGAACUGGAAAGAGCUGUCUCGAAACGAAAUCAUCCAGUCAUACCUGAACUUGCAGAGCAAUGUGCUCAACUCCUCUGGGACGCAAACCCCAGGGGCCCACUUCUUCAUGACGGAGUUUCUGAAACGCGAGGAGGGACAUUCGAAUAAAGAAGGGAGAAAAACGCAAACGCACGUUCUGGUGACCCAAGCCCCACCGUCGAACUUACCGGGGGUUACGCAGGAGGUGUCCAGAGAGGAGCUGGACAGGCUGCACUCGGACCGGUGGGCCGGGGUGAACGGCUGUUACGACACCAAGGACAAGUGGCACGACUGGACUGAAUGCAUAUCACUAGACCCCCAUGGGGAUGACGGCAAGCUGCAUAUCUUGCCAUACGUUUGCCUAGACUAAAGAAUUGUAGCCUUCAAUUUCAUGUGAAAAAUAGGAGCUGUUUUGGCCCUGUUGGUUUUUGAAUGAGUGAGUUGACAAAAAAAUGAACUCUGGCAAUCUUGAAUUUCUUCCUCCCCCUUUUUUUGUUUUCUUUUUGAUAUACACAUUUGUAUGGUUUGGGUUGACGAGCGUGUUACUUACCGACAUUCCAUUCUGCCUCCAGGUUGGCCUCUGUCCAAAUCUCUCUCCCCCCCUAAGUUUCUGACAGAGAUGCAAAACUGCAAAAUGCACACGUUUUGAUGUGUAUGUGCAAAUGUUUAUUAAUUUAUCUUUUGUUGUAAAAAAAAAAACAUAAAUUAAAAUGGUAAAUGAAAUCUA